AUGGUCAAUAAUACCACGUCUACGAUGACUGACAACAAGCCUUACAUGACUGAUGCCGUGAGCAAGCUCCUCUGCACGAUCGAAGACGCGCGGGCAUCCGGUACCGCUGUGGACCCCGCCAACGUCAAGACUCUCCUCACACUCAGCGAGGGUCUCGCAACGAACGGUCGAUUCGACCUCAUUGGAUCACUCCUCGCUGCGGGCGCCAUUACCGCGGCUGAGUCCGGGAAUCUCAAGCCUUUCUUCACGGCUCAGACCCAGGGGGCUACAACGAGCCUUACUCAGACCAUGAGGAAGUUGUGGUAUGGGUCUGAAAAGCAUCGCCACCAGGAGAAAUGGACUCGGACCUUGGCUGAGAUCCGGGAGUACAUGCUCACUGACGCUGAAGAUCAUCCGGAGAGACUGCUCUGCUACUGGUCGUCGCCGCGCGAGGUGGACCGCUACCUCAGCGACAUGAAGAACGAGGCGGGCGGCUUUCUGCGGACUCAUCCCAUCAGCAGGGAGGGAAGGGACUUGCUCUGUCAUCAUAUUGCGCACGAUGCGCGCAGGCUUGGUCUGCUGGAGACUCAGGCGGCCACGGGGUGUGAGGGCGUGACGGUGGCAGAUAUGGAGUCAGAUGAGGGUUGGUGCAGCGUGGCGUUGCCUUUGCGAUGA